AUGGAGGAGGAAGCUGGGGAGGAACCAAGGCUGGGCAGAUCUGCUCCUCCCAAGGACUUCCGCUUUUAUCAUAUGGAUCUGUAUGACUCUGAAGACAGACUUCAGAUCUUCCCAGAAGAAAACACUAGGAUGAGGAGAGAAGUAGUCCAGCCUGAAAUGACCAGUGAGCCAAGAGGGGCAGGAGAAGGUAGAGCUCAAAGAGACCUUCAAGAGGAAGUGGAUGAACUUGUGCAUUUAUAUGGACUUGAAGAUGAUCACGAGUUAGGGGAUGAGUUUGUUGAUGACAACAUGCCCAUAAUAGGGGUUUCGGAAUAUCCUCCUUACGCGAUGAAGAGGAGAGACCAAGCCAGGGAGCAGAGAGAUUGGAGAUUUGGUGGAGAGGCAGUGGAGGCUGAGGACAUGGGCUACGGGGAGUGGGGUCCGGUGGGCCAGUGCCAGGACUUGCGGGAAGCCUAUAGGUACACACACGGCCGCUCCAGCGAGGAGUAUGAAUGCUACGUCAUCCCAGAAGAGGAGGACGAGGAAGAAGCUGUUGACGUCUUCUGUGUCACUUGCAAAAUUCCAGUAAGAGCUAUUGAGAAGGAUUUUGAGGAACACAAAGAGCAUGAAGUGAUCCCACUCAAUAAAGCACUGGAAAAUGCCAAGGAGGAAAUUCACAAAAACAUGUACAAAUUAGAAAAGCAGAUUAUCGAGAUGGAAAAUUUUGCAAGUCACUUGGAGGAGGUCUUCAUCACUGUGGAGGAGAAUUUUGGAAGACAAGAACAAAACUUUGAGUCACAUUACAAUGAGAUCUUGGAAACACUUGCUCAAAAAUAUGAAGAAAAAAUACAAACUCUGGGGGAGAAAAAGAAAGAGAAGCUGGAAGCCUUAUAUGAACAACUGGUCAGCUGUGGAGAAAACCUUGAUACCUGUAAAGAACUGAUGGAAACAAUAGAGGAGGUGUGUCAUGAAGAGAAGGUUGACUUCAUAAAGGAUGCAGUGGCUAUGGCUGACAGACUCGGGAAAUUCCUGAAAACAAAAACGGAUGUGGAAAUCUCUGCACAGCCUGACUUUGAAGACCAGACCUUGGACUUCUCUGAUGUGGAGCAGCUGAUGGGCUCCAUUAACACUAUGUUAGCUCCUUCUGCUCCAGUGAUAAAUCCACAGGCCCCUAACUCAGCCACGGGUUCUUCGGUCCGAGUUUGCUGGAGCUUAUACUCCGAUGACACUGUGGAGAGUUAUCAGUUGUCCUACCGGCCAGUGCAGGACAGUUCACCUGGGAAGGACCAGGCAGAGUUUACAAUGACCGUCAAAGAAACGUAUUGCUCAGUGACAAACCUUGUGCCAAAUACCCAGUAUGAGUUUUGGGUCACAGCUCAGAACAGGGCUGGCCUCAGCCCCUCCAGUGAGCGUGCAGUGUACCUGACAGCACCUUCUCCCCCCAUGAUAAGAAGCAAAGAGAUAAGGAGCUGCGAAGAGGCUGCAGUGAUCUGCUGGGAGUCUGGGAGCCUGAACCCUGUGGACUCGUACACGCUGGAGCUGACCCAGGCAGAAAUGCCGGGAGCCUCGGGAGUAACCGAGUCUGUUGUGGGCAUCCCAACCUGCGAGGCCCUGGUGCAGCUGCAGCCCAGGCAAAGCUACAUGAUCUUCGUGCGAGCCCUCAACGUGGGAGGCCCCAGCGCGAGGAGUGAGCCUGCUACAGUCCACACCACAGGAAGCUACUUCCACCUGGACGAGGACACCUGCCAUCCCUGGCUGACCAUUUCUGAAGACGGGUUUACGGUGCUACGAAGCGAAAGGAAAACCCCGGCACGGGAGCCGCCACCCGGCAAGACCCGGUUUACCAGGUGUGUUGCUGUCAUGGGAAAUCUAAUUCCAUUCCGAGGGCGCCAUUACUGGGAGGUGGAGGUGAAUGAGCGUUUGGACUACACAGUUGGUGUGGCCUUUGAAGAUGUCCCUAAACAGGAGGACCUGGGAGCAAACUGCCUCUCCUGGUGCAUGAGGCACACAUUUGCAUCAUCAAGGCAUAAGUAUGAAUUUCUGCACAACGGGACAACUCCAGAUAUAAGAAUAACAGUUUUCCCCCAAAAGAUUGGCGUUUUAUUAGACUACGAAAAUUCAAGGUUGUCAUUUUUCAAUGUGGACACUUCUCAGCAUCUAUACACAUUCAGUUGUCAGCUUCACCGAUUUGUGCAUCCCUGUUUUUCUUUGGAAAAGCCUGGGCGUCUAAAGAUACAUAAUGGUAUCCCAAUGCCAAAUCAUGUCACUUUCUAUUAG